AUGCAAGAUGCUACCGACUUGGGACUAAAUCUAAUCACCAACCCAGCAUACCCUACAAGGAUCGGCAACUCGGUCACCCGAAAUACAACGCCCGAUCUCACUUUCGUCAGGGGUAACGGUGGCCGUAUGGCGGACUUUGAAUGGCGAAACACGGGCCACGAAUUGGGCAGUGACCAUUACAUUGUGGAGGUCACUGUCCCGCUCGGUGGUAACGACGAAGUCGGCAGAAGCUUUCGGAAACAUAGAUUUACUGAUUGGGACGCGUUUCGAGGAUUGCUACCCAAGGAGCAGGCCGAAAUUACAGGCAUUGAGGAGUGGUCCACCGAGAUUGUAAACAAGGUAGAAAAGGCCACCAAGGAAGUCGAGACGGACGAGCGUGUCCACAGGGUCGACAGCCGCCUGGCCCACCUCAUCGCAGCCAAGCAGUCCAUCCUGUCAAGGUGGAAGACGCAGCGGGCAAACAGAAAGCUACGCAAGAAGGUUGCCGAACUCAACCGCGAGAUCGAGUCCCACAGCAGAGUGCUAUGCACUCAGCAAUGGAAUGAGGUUUGUAACGCAGCGGACGGCCAGAUGCACUGCGGCAAGACGUGGAGUAUGCUGAGGCAUCUUUUGGAUGCGACCACGACCAAGUCUCACCAGCACCACAACCUGGCCAAGAUCAUCCACAGGGCGCUGACCGAGCACGGGGAAGACGAAGUGAAGAAACGCCUCGACGACAAGUACCUGCCGGUCACUCCCACAGAAACGCACCCGGACUACCUAGGCGAAGCAAACGAGUGGCUAGAUCGAGACAUUGACGUAUGGGAAGUAAGGGUUGCCCUGCGCAAUCUCAACAGCAACUACGCUGCUGGUCCCGACCGCGUUACGAACAGAGCGCUAAAAAAUCUUAACGAUGCGACCAUCGAGAACCUCACGGCAUACUUCAACACUUGCUGGCGAGCCGGGUCACUACCCCUGCCGUGGAAAGCAGCCAACACCAUCUUGAUUCCCAAGCCGGGCAAGCCACCCAACAUUCAGAACCUCCGGUAG